AUGGUGCUAGUAAGAGAACACAGCAUCCAGACACUCAUACUAUCUAACCGUUGAGUGGAUGCUGAGAGAGUGGGACACAACUGCCAGGAAUGAAUGAUCUCGCCGAGGAGAAACUCACCAAAAGAAGUUGAACUGCUGCACUUCACUGGAGAGACUGCUGCUCUCGUCAAGAGCCUUUCAAAAUGUGAGUGGUUUUUUUUUACA